GGGGCAUGCGGCCCCGGCACGGCCCCAGCGGACAGAUGGGCCACCAGCCGCUGCCGAGCUCCGUGAUGUUCCCCGCCCCGAGCCAGCUGCAGCCCUACCUGGGGGCCGUGGGCGCGCAGCAGCUCAUGGCCAGCAUGCACCUCCAGAAACUCAACACCCAGUACCAAGCGCACCCGCUGAUGGGCAUGAGCAACGGGCCCAUGGCCACCGGGGCCCCGCAGUACCGGGUGGUGCACCCCCCGCACCCUGGCAUGCAGCACGUGCCCUCGCCCGCGCUGACCUUGAAUGUUAUGGACACUGACCUCGUCGAUGAGGAGGUCUUGACCUCUCUGGUCCAGGAACUGGGCUUGGACCGGAUUCAGGAGCUGCCCGAGCUCUUCUUGGGACAGAAUGAAUUUGACUUCAUUUCAGACUUUGUCAGCAAACAGCAGCCCAGUGCCAUCAGCUGCUGAGGGGCCUGAGGCUUCCUCUCCUUGUUGGCUUGGCUCCCCCACGGCUGUCCCAGCGCCUCCCCAACAAGCACUGGAUGCCGAUGGCUUGCCAUGGAUUGCUCUCUUCUCCGAGUGGGGCCUUCUUGUUUGGGAGUGAGGGGACAUCCUGCUGUAGGUUCCCCCCAAAUGCCAUAAACAGGGCUUGUCUUGGUAAACAAUGAACUUUCCAUGUCUGGGCUGCCGAGUGCCGGAGCCAACGGACCUCGCGGGGCUGCUGCCACCGGGCUUGUCCUAGGAUUGGGCAUUGCCAGCGCCGUUCCCAAGCAGUGUUGGGAUCGAGCCCUCUCGUGGCUUGUGUCUGAGCCGCACAAGAAGGGGCUGGGGCUUGGCUUUUGUCUUAAAAGCAAAUCCGCCUUUGCCCCACGUACUGUGAUGCUGAACAGGUCCCUUGCCCCUGACUCCAGGGAUCCCUUCCCCCUCCAUAAGGUUAUUGUUAGUUUGUCUUAGCUGCACAAACUGUCUGGGGGGAGGGUGGCAUUUGCCUAAACCUCUGUAGACUUUGGAUCGUUUCACUUGUACAGCAACCAGCCGUACAACUGAGUGUUCAGGCUGUUUUCGAUGCGAGGCUUAAAGCUGCAGGCAAGCUCCGUUUUCUCUGCCUCGGAAACCAAAUAAAACCCAUAGGCUGGUGUAUCCCCGACAUUCUUAUUUAUUUUUUCUGUAAGAAUUAUUUAUUGGAAAGGGCUCCCUUUGUUGUUUGGCUCUGACUGUUAGCAACAACUACAGGGCUUUCUGCAGCUCCCAGAUGCUGGCUUUUCCUUUUAAAGGGCUGGACUAGCGAAUGGUUCUUCCAACCAACCAUGCACAGGGUUCUUUCAGCAGCCUAAUUUGGUGGUGAAUAGGUAGGGCCUUGUAACCCGACCCUGCCUGGUGUGAUAAAGGCUGGUUUGACUCCCAGUGCCACUGCGCAGAAACGGUGAAAUGUGACAGCCAGAGGGUUUUGUUUCCUCUUGUCUCUUGUUUCCAGGCGCUUUGGCAAGUGCAGCGCUCUGCUUAGGAGCGACUGCCCCCUGCUGCCAAGCACACGGGGCAGCACCUUGUUGAUCAAUGGCGAGAAACUGGGCGGACGGAGUUUCAAAUAAAAGCGAAGCCCGCGGUAGUGAGGCGCUUGCUUGGUGGCUUGUUUAUUGGAUGUGCCUGGGGGGGAUAUACUUUGGACACUUUCUGGGAGUGGCAUCCAGUGCCAAUUUAAUCAAAGCUUCAUCUUUGUGUCCUGGGGGGGUUGGCAACCUCGGCCUGUGCCCAUGUCGGGCACUAACAGCUGGCGGCCAGGGCCGAUGAGUAUGUGUGUCUGGGCUCUGGAGCGGGCCCCUCACUGUCUUCCAUCCAGGUGUGUCAAUAUUACAAUAACAGACAGGGCUGCCCGUGGCUUAAACAGCUGAGCCCUUAAAGCCUAAUCCAAAAGGGGUCUCUGUACCCCCAGCAGCACGAAGCUGCAAUCCCUGCUGCUAGACACUGCACUGGUGUUUGCCCACUGGAACAAUCCCCCUUUUAGGCAAACUGCCCCGAAAGCGAACAUGCCUGAAGGGUCUGGAGAAGGGCUCUGGUGCCUCCUUCUUACCUGCUGCUGGGCUUGUGUGACUUGCUGGGCUCCUAAGAGUCGCCACCCGCCCCUCCCAUUGGGGACCUGGCUGGGCAGCGCUUUGUUCCUUCACCCACUUCCCCUCCUCUGAAACACCCAGAGGAUGCUGCUGGCCUGCCCCGUCCCACACUCCGCUGUGGAGCGGUUUAUCGAUUUUUCCCAGAGUGCUCAAUGACGAGAGAUUUUUCUCUUUUGCUGUUUGUGCUGAAUGUUCCUGGGAGGAG